GCAGUGGCAGCUUCAGAGGAGAACGACACUUGCCCAUGGCGCCUAUGCUAAAGGCCUAGGCGGCCAUGGGUGGCGCGGUGGCCUCCCUGGCCUUCCCGGUGCCGCCCAAGGGCCGCUACGCCGAGGCACUGCAGAAGCGGCCUGAUCUUCUGUACCUCGAGACGGAGGAUGAGGAUCAAAUCGCCGCUUUGCACAUUCGCCGGGGCAUCCGCGGCACUGACCGGGUGAUCCUGUAUUCACACGGCAACGCAGAGGACCUGGGCCAGCGGCUGCACUACUUGGACCUCAUGUCUCAGUUGUGUGCCUCUGACGUGCUGGCCUACGACUACAGCGGCUAUGGCUUCAGUGAGGGCACCCCAUCCGAGGAGAAUUGUAUCCAGUCGAUUGAUGCUGCGUAUGAGUACCUUUGCAAAGAGUAUGCACCCAACCGGAUCAUCCUCUUUGGGCGAUCUAUCGGCACAGGCCCGACCGUGGACCUGGCGCUUCGGCAUCCCGAGAUCCGGGGUGUGGUGCUCCAGAGCCCCAUUGAAAGUUGCGGCCGCGCCGUCUUUGGGAACCUAGCGUCCUGGGUUGGCUACAGGAUGGAUCUGUUCCGGAAUUACGAGAAGAUUGACAAGGUGCAGUGCCCGGUGCUGAUCAUGCACGGAACGGAAGAUGACAUCGUCCCCAUCGAGCAUGGCUUCGCCUUGCACGAGGCCUGUCAGAAGCCGGCGGAGCCCUUGUGGUUGGAGGGAUGCGGUCACAACGAUCUUCCCAACGAGAUUUGCCUCAGGCGCGUUCGGGAGUUCAUGGACGAGAUGGAUGGCCUGUCAUGGGGCUGGAACAUCUUUGUCACGAACCUCGCGACGCACAUCUCUGUGAACCUUUGACACGGGUUCUACAAGCAUGAGGGACCCAUGAAGCACAGAUUUGCUGUGCUGUGGGCGCAAGCAGUGCACUGUCCAAGUGCCAUUUGCCAAAGCUGUUGCUAUUUAAGUUUGCAAAUGAAAUGCAAGUGCAACCCAGCAGCGUGAAUUC